AUGGACACACCGUGGAGCCAUGAUAUUAUUUCGUUCCAUAAACAACUCACACUUUACUGGGAAAAGAUGGUCGAAGAAGCAAAUAUAAAGCCUCAGAAAGAAAGUGAUGCCUAUCGUAAGAGUUGGCUCUAUGCUGGGACUAGUUACAGGAGAAUGGUUGAACCCCUCACUAUUGCUGAAUACUAUAGAGAUGGUGGUAAAGACUACGUGACAAAGAAUAGACCUAAACACUUUAUACUAUUGGAGAAGUGGUUUAGGAAUGAGACAACAAAAGACAAAACAACCAAUGAAGAAAUAAAUGUGGAAUUUAUUUUAACAACUGAUUCUUGCUUUUGGGCGCAUGUUGAAGAGGCUCUUCUUUUAUGCAAAGAAUUUAAGGUUGUCCGAGAGAAGCAAGAGAUAGUGAAGAAAUUGAUUGAGUUCGAGGAUUAUCUUUAUGGGUUGCUCCAAAAUUAUGAAGUGUCGCCAGAAAUUUUCUUGAAGCAAAGCAGUUGUAUGCGUUGGUGGAAUAAGUAUAGGGCAAUUAAGGGAAGUUCAUAUAAUUCAGCGCUCACAAGUUUCAUGAAGGAUCCUAGUAAGCGUGUGCGGUAUGCUUUGGGAGCUUAUGAUUUCCCUUAUUUCCCUUGA